UGGCAACAGGCUGAUCCAGCUUCUUCCUCUCUGCCCUCUGUCUGGGAGGCCUGAGUAGCAUUGCCCAAGACUCCCUGCAGUGACUGGAAGUGUUUCUGCCGAGGAGGCACUCCACAGUCUGGGCUCUGUGAGGCUAAGGUGGUGGUCUGUUGCACGUGAAGAGCUAGGAUGGCAGUCAACAAGGGCCCGACCUUGCUGGAUGGAGACGUUCCCGAGCAGGAGAACGUGUUGCAUCGAGUCAUGCAGCUGCCCGUGGUAAGCGGCACCUGUGAGUGCUUCCAGAAGACAUACACCAGCACCAAGGAAGCCCACCCCCUGGUGGCCUCUGUGUGCAAUGCCUACGAGAAGGGCGUUCAGGGUGCCAGCAGCUUGGCGGCGUGGAGCAUGGAGCCCGUGGUGCGCAGGCUGUCCACCCAGUUCAUAGCUGCCAAUGAGCUGGCCUGCCGAGGCCUGGACCAUCUCGAGGAAAAGAUCCCGGCCCUCCAGUACCCUCCUGAAAAGAUUGCCUCUGAGCUGAAGGACACCAUCUCCACCCGGCUUCGAAGUGCCAGAAAUAGCAUCAGUGUGCCUAUCGCAAGCACUUCGGACAAGGUCCUGGGGGCCACUCUGGCUGGCUGUGAGCUCGCAUGGGGGGUGGCCAAAGAGACUGCAGAGUAUGCUGCUAACACCCGAGCUGGCCGACUGGCCUCUGGAGGGGCCGACCUGGCCUUGGGCAGCAUUGAGAAGGUGGUAGAGUAUCUCCUCCCUCCAGCCAAGGAAGAGUCAGCCCAAGCUCCUGGAUGCCAGCAGGCCCAGAAGCCUCCCAAAGCCAAGCCAAGCUUUGUGAGCAGGGUGGGGACCCUGGCCAACACCCUCUCUCGACACACCAUGCAGUCCACAGCCUGGGCACUGAAGCAGGGCCACUCCCUGGCCAUGUGGAUCCCAGGCGUGGCACCCCUGAGUAGUCUGGCCCAGUGGGGUGCAUCAAUGGCCACGCAGGUGGUGUCCCGGAGGCAGAGUGAAGUGCGAGUGCCCUGGCUGCACAACCUCGCGGCUGCUCAGGAUGAGGACCACGAUGACCAGACAGACACCGAGGGCGAGGAGACGGAGGAGGAGGACGAAUCGGAGGCCGAGGAGCACAAGCUCAGUGAGGAAGGAGCCCUGCCCAGCUCCAGAGGACUUCUGGGUAGUGUGGCACACACCCUGCAGAAGACUGUCCGGAGCACCAUCUCAGCUGUGACAUGGGCGCCCAUGGCUGUACUGGGCACAGCAGGGAAGAUACUGCACCUCACACCAGCCCCUGCUGUCUCCUCCACCAAGGGGAGGGCCAUGUCCUUAUCAGAUGCCCUGAAGGGUGUUACUGACAAUGUGGUGGACACAGUGGUGCACUAUGUGCCGCUUCCCAGGCUGUCUCUGAUGGAGCCUGAGAGCGAAUUCCGGGACAUUGACAACCCCCCGACCGAGACCGAGCGUCGGGAGCCGGAGCGCAAGGGGUCUGGGGCGCCGCCUACCAGCCCGGAGCCGGCGCCGCGCCCCGCGCAACACCGCGGCAGCCUUCGCAGCUCGCGGGGCCCGGGCGCGCUCUUCUACCCGGGCCUGGAGGACAAGAUCGAGACGCCCUCCGCACCGCGCUCCGGCUUCCUGGCCAUGCCCCGCGAGAAGCCGAAACGCAGGGUCAGCGACAGCUUCUUCCGGCCCAGCGUCAUGGAGCCCAUCCUGGGCCGCGCGCAGUACAGCCAGCUGCGCAAGAAAAGCUGAGCUCCGGACGCCCGCGCCCCGCCCCAAACGGCGCGCCACCCACUGGGCUAGGGCGGGUUUCCCUAACAAAUCCUCAGAGCCUACACUCAGAGAAGUCCUCUUGGGAGCCCGAAUCUCCCCCUAACCGUGCUGUCAAGGCGUACAUCAUUUUAAAAGCAUCCUUUGGUGGCUUGACCAUCAGAGCAGAGUUUUAAGGGGCACCAGAGCAACAGCGUGCUCUGAUUUUCUUUUCAUUCUUUUUUUUUCCUUCCUUCCUUCCUUCCUUCCUUCCUUCCUUCCUUCCUUCCUUCCUUCCUUCCUCCCUCCCUCCCUCCCUCCCUUCCUUCCUUCCUUCUUUCCUUCCUUCCUUCCUUCCUUCCUUCCUUCCCCCUCCCUCCCUGCCUCUCUUCUUCUUUGCUUCCUUCCUUUCUCUCUCUCUCUUUUACUAAAAAAGUAAUUGCUUAACUUGAUCUCCCACUUUUUUAACAGAACUUGUUACCAAAUAACAUUUGACUGUUUCCAAAAAUUCAGAUCCCUUCUCUGUGGACAAAUAUUUUGCUACCAAUGAUAAAUGUCACCACCCCGAUGUUGUGUUCUUAACAGGAGUUCUUGUUAACGUUGAGCUCAAAGAUCCUCUGAUUAUUUAGGCUCUCAGCAUCAAUCAGGUACAGAAGCUCUGUGUAUUUGUUUAAAAUAUUGGCAUCGCUUUUUGAGUACUCUACACAGACCAAGUACCGGGUCUGUCCUCUGUAGUGCCACCUUCUUGCUCACAGCCACGUUUCCAUUUGCAUCAGUACUGCCUUCCACUCACACACUUUUGUAUUCUGGGGGACUACAAUGUUAACCUUCCACUCCACUCUAGUCUAUAUCUUGUAGGCCAUAUAUACGAACUCUAUAGCCACUGUUCUUUCUAGAUCCUGUUUCUGGAAAUGUUAAUACUUGGUAAAUCUAGGAAAUGCAUAAAUAUAAUUUAAAAAUUUAAACAUUGCAAUAUGCUGUGUGUUUUCCUCUCUGAAUCCCCCAGUUCUCUCAUGUAUCCUUCCAGUUCUAUGCUGUACACUGCAAGAGCAUGUGCAUAUACCUUUGUUUACCAAGUUGUGUGAUAGUAGGCUCACAUGCUUUUCUCUCUUUUCACUGAACAUACAUCUUGGAGAUCUUUUGUAUCAGCAUCAUAUACUCUGUUUGCUCUUUUUAAUGGUAAGUAAUUGUACCAUAUUUGAUUUAACCAGCUCCUUAAUGGCAGAUUUUUGGGUUGUUUUCAAUCUUUUUACUACUGCAAUCAGUGCUAUAAUAAAUAUCCCUAUCAAAAAUGUCUCAUGUAGGACUGGGGAUGUAGCUCAGUGGUAGAAUGUGUGCUAAGCAUGCUUGGGACCCUGUGUUUGAUUUCCAGUAUUACCCAAACAGUGUUGUGUACAUGUGUGGAUAUAUCUAUAGCAUAAAUUAUAUGAGUAUGUGAAUUUUAAAUGUUGAUAGAUGUCAAGUAGCCUUCCAAACCAAACCCUAUUUUCCUAGUUAUUUUAAUCAGCUACAGAAAUGUACACACAUAAUUUUGUCUGCCAUUCCUUUUAGACAUCCAUAUAUCCCUAUAAAUCCCUCUUCCACUCAUAAGAACCCUCUUGAACCCGACUCUGUUGCAUACCUGAAAGCCCAGCUCCCUGAAACUGACUCUAGGGACUUGGAAGAUCUUUGGUGUAAUGAGUCACAUGCCUCCAUAUAGUUUUGGAGUCUUGGGAUGUCAAGAAUGGGGACAGGGGAGUGGCUGGUGGACAUAUACAUGUGGACAUGACCAGACUCUUCCCACCUCACCAUACAUCUCACAAGCAGCAGUUCUCUGGGGGGCAGGGAGGUGUGGCUCUGACAAGGGGGGCCCUUCGAAGCUGAUUUGACCAGCCUGCAAAGGCAGAGUGCAGCCUACUCUGACAAGGCUCUAAGGGCAUCUGCUGGAAAAGUGGCAUCAGGCCUGGAAGGCAGAGAGAAGUGCCAACCAUCCUGCUCCUCACAGAUCCAGGCUGCUUUUCUCCUGGCG